GUUGCCGUCUCCCACGUCUCCUACAUGCAACAAGACGAGGACCCGUCGACGCUGUGCGACGUGUUCGAGCAGAUGCUCCAGGUGAACGAAGACCUUCUUGCAGCAGUGGCGGAGCAGCAGAAGUGGAACGACUCGCCGCCCGACAACGACACGUGCUUGCAAAACGCAGCGGCGUACCAACUCUUGCUACACAAGAAUCUAGUCGAGAUGGCCAACUUUGUAGACUCGCUCUGCGGGGUCUUUGUCAGUGUGGAUGGCGGGUCGUCUGGGAUGGACGCGCCUUUCCCCAAAAAACCGCGCACGGCAUCACAUGACGAGCCGCCCUCGCAUGGCAUGACAAAGGAGCCGAGUCUGCUUCUAUCGACCCUACACGCCAACGAGAGCCUUCGCGCGCGCCGGCGGACCGAAAAAAAGUUUUUGUCGUUUCAAAAAAAAGUCAAAGAACAGGAAGAUCACGACAAGCUCCCGCUCCCGCUCUUGCAUGCCCCAGGACCAGACCUCGGGACGUCACCGCUGCUUCCGCCGCCGCCUCCCCAUCAUCCGUCGUCUCUCAAAGGACAUUCCAUGCUCCGGCCGUGUCCGGUGCCGCUGCCGCCCACGCAGGACGAUGCGAUGCCUCUGCACCACCCAUUUGCCAACCCCUCCAUGGACUCUUACUUUCAACUGCCAGCGAAAAACCGCCUCGUGGUGGCAAAAGAAGAGUGUCUGGCGUGUCACCGACUCGGCAAGUCCGUAAAAGACUGCCGCGCCGGCUGGAAGCACACAACUCCGUCGUGGAAGACGUCGAUGGUGCUGCCGCUUCCCCCUAUGAUGCCGUCGCAUUCGACCCUCUUGAUGGGGAUGGUAAACAACAUGCCCCUUCCCACCAUGGGCUGGCCGUAUAUGCCAACGUUUUCAAUACCCACAGCCAAAGUAGCCCCACCGACAACUCCACACCCUCGACGUAUAUUUAAACGAAUGUGUGAACAGUGUAAACUGGACCAUCAAAGCUUGUACCAGUGCCGAACUGUGCUCCAACAUGUCGCGCCAGAGUGGAAACGGUCUGAUACAGGGAACACGGGCUCAACGACAUCGUCGCAGAGAUCGUAUUCAAGAUGGACAGAUGUUGAAAUGCAAACGUUUCACGAACUGGUUGAAGUCCACGGGUAUCGAGAUGUGAGCAAGUUGGCGUUUUACCUCCAGACAAAAGACAAAAAACAAGUCAAGAGCUACCUCCAGAGAUACCUCAAGUCCAAGCAGGACGAUGGAGGUGACGGGUAGUUUAACCUCAAGAGCUGUUUAAUUUAAUCGCAUGUUGGACUAUAUAUAC